AUGGCAUCAUCAAGCAUCUCAAGACAGGCCCCUCGCCUGCUCGGCCGAGCUAUGCGCAAUCCCAGAAUGGCGGUCUCAAGCUUCCGCGCUCUUCCCAGCAUCUCCCGCGCAGCCACUCCCUCAGUUUCUUCGCAGCGACGGCAAUUCUCGGCGCAAAUGAUCUUGCGCAAGGGCAUCAUGCCGGAUACUUCCAACCCGGACAAGGCGCCAACCGGAAGUCAGGUAACGUUUGUUGCCGCUGAACUCUCUGACGAGGAGUACCACGACCUGUCGAAUGAGUACCUGAAUGACCUCCUCGAGAAGUUUGAAACACUCCAGGAUGACGGCUCUCCAAUCGAUGUGGAAUAUUCAUCCGGUGUCAUGACCGUUACCGUAGCCAAUAAGGGCACCUACGUUAUCAACAAGCAGCCCCCCAACAAGCAGAUCUGGCUCUCAUCGCCUCUGUCCGGUCCCAAACGAUACGACUUCUGCGUUGCCAGCGAGGGGCAGGGAGAUAAGGAGGGCACGGCAUUGGGGACAUGGAUAUACUCACGAGAUGGGUCGAGCUUGGACGAGCUUAUACAUAAGGAGAUUGAAGUGGACUUGUGA